GUGACUCCUGGAAGUGGGUUGCUGGUGAUCAGCUGACCGGGUCUGUUUUUUUUUCUAGGUUCAUUCAUUUACCCCGUUCUUUUUUUUUGGUAGCGUAUUUUUUAUUUUCAGGUAGUUUCUUAAAUACCAUAAGAAGGACGAAAAUGGACGACAGUCAGGACUUGUUCGUGGGCGAGGAUGGAAGGCCUCGGUCUGUGACAGUAGAUCUAUACAAUGACUCAUCUCUUCAAGUUGAGAUCUCGGAUGCAGUCAGUGAGAGGGAUAAGGUCAAGUUUACCGUCCACACCAAGACAAACCUUGCUCACUUCAAGAAGCCAGAGUUCUCAGUGGUUAGGCAGCAUGAGGAAUUCAUUUGGCUCCAUGACACAUACUUGGAGAAUGAGGAUUACGCCGGCAUCAUUAUUCCACCGGCACCACCCAGGCCUGAUUUUGAGGCAUCUCGGGAGAAACUGCAGAAGUUGGGUGAGGGCGAUGGCUCCAUGACCAGAGAGGAGUUUGCCAAAAUGAAACAGGAGCUUGAAGCGGAAUACCUAGCCAUCUUCAAGAAGACAGUGGCAAUGCAUGAGGUUUUCCUUCAGAGGCUUGCAAUGCACCCCAUCCUACGCAGAGACCACAACUUCUAUGUGUUCUUGGAGUAUGACCAGGAUCUAAGUGUACGAGGGAAAAACAAAAAAGAAAUUUUUGGUGGGUUCCUGAAGAACAUUGUGAAAAGCGCCGAUGAGGCCCUGAUCACCAGCAUGUCUGGACUAAAGGAGGUGGAUGAUUUUUUUGACCAUGAGAGAACAUUUCUUCUAGAGUACCACACCAGGGUAAAAGAUUCCAGCUUAAAGGCUGACCGCUUGACCCGCUCACACAAAAAUGUUGCAGAGGACUACAUUCCAAUCUCCUCCGCACUCAAUGUUCUGGGGACUCAAGAAAGCAGUGCAAUCAGCAGGAGCUUUAUUAAACUUGCUGAACUCUUUGAGAAGCUGCGGAAAGUGGAGGGACGUGUGGCAUCUGAUGAAGACCUCAAAUUGUCAGACCUCCUUCGCUAUUACAUGAGAGACUCUCAGGCUGCUAAGGAUUUACUGUACAGGCGUGCACGUUCCCUGGCCGACUAUGAGAAUGCCAACAAGGUGCUAGAUAAGGCACGUAUGAAGAACAAGGAUGUCAAACAGGCUGAAAAUCACCAGCUGGUCUGUUGUCAGAGAUUUGAAAAACUGUCUGAUUCGGCUAAGCAAGAGCUGAUAGAUUUCAAAGUUCGAAGAGUGGCAGCCUUCAGAAAAAAUUUGAUUGAGCUAACAGAACUUGAGUUAAAGCAUGCCAAGGCCAGUUUACUUUUAUUACGAAACUGUCUAGUCUCUCUGAAAAUGGACCACUGACAUAGCACUGACCCUGGAUAUGCCAACAUUUUUUUUUUUUUUUAUUUGUUUCCAUUUGUUAUAAUUGUUACUGUAAUGAUUUUUUAAUUCCAUGUUAAUAUUAUGACGGCUGAUACUUUUAAUAUUUUUCCAUAUAGGUAUUCUUAACUCCUAUUUUACAACUGAAGGCAUCAUGUUAAACUGACUUUAAAAUCCAAUCAUGUUGUGUUUUCAGAUUAUUCAGUUUCAAGACAUUAGUAAGCGGUGCUAACACCAGACACAUCCCUCUGUUUCUUUGUGCUGUUCAGCAGGCUUGACUUUGACUACCCACCUUUCAUGGCAUACAGACUUUGUUUUCUGCUGCUUUAUAUAUCUAUAUAUAUCUAUAUCUAUAUAUAUAUAUAUAUAUAUAUAUAUAUAUAUGACAGGUAUGCGAAAUGAGAUUUUUACAAGGUCCACUACAAUGCGAGCAGACUGAUGUUUAAUUACAACAUAUGCAAACUUUCAUUUUAACAAUGGCAACAUUAAACUUGCUUAAGCAGGCCAGAAUGAUGGAUCCUAGUGAACUGCUUGUUCACAUUAAACAAACCCAUCAGUGAUUUCAUCUGAAGUUGUCGGUGUCGGCAGGGUUUUGUUUUUCAGUUAUUUAAAAUAAAUACAGUAUGUAAUUUAAGUGCCUGUACCAUCACCAUAUACAGUGUGAGCUUCAUCAUGUGCACUGUGUUGUUGCAGCACAGACAAAGUACUUCAUUGUGUUCUCCUUGUAUAUCUAAAAAGACGACAGGGUUGUAUAAGUUGUUAUUGGCAUUUCUCCUUGUCAUGUUACAGAAUUAAAAGAAAUAAAACGGUACUCGUGAAGCAGCACCAUCUGUGGAGCCACCUUAGUGGGGUCCCAGUGUGCUCAGGCCUUCGUUUUAUGUCAUAGAACCAAAAAGGAUGGAACUUGCUGAAUACUGGCUACUAUCAUGAAAACAGACUUGCACAAUUUUUUGUUUUGUUUAUUUACUUGAUCAAUGCCAUUGCGUUGUUUCCAGUUUCUUUUUGAAAACAGUACAUAACACACUUGGCUGAAUCUAGGCCUGGCUGGGGCAAUAAGCUGAGUAAAUAAUGGCUAUUAGGAUGGAAGGGUACAGAAUACUGUGUUCUGGCUUCCAAGAAGGGCUUAGAAACUAGUUAAUGUCAUAUUUGGAUGACACCUUUUCAGGAAGUGUCUCUCAAGAUUACAAUUAUUAACAUUUCUUUGUACAGUCGGAGCAAAUUCAGGGCAGUUUCCUCCACUGCUUAGGACUGGCCUACUGUAAUGCUACCCUUCCACUGUAAAAUGUUUAGCCUACAACAAGCCAAGAUCAAAUAAAGCUCAAAAACCAUAAAACCUUAAGAUGACAGUGGCAUAACUAGAGUGAAUCCCUCUCCCAAAAUGAACGCAUGUACAACACAUGUAAAGGAACUCAAGAGACAGACUUGUAAUCUUGUGCUACAACACCAGCUUCAAUCAUGAUUUCUCAAAAUGUCCACAUGGGUCUCCUCCCACAGUCCAAAUGCAUGCAGGUAAAGGGGGUUUGGUGUUGCUGUAUUGGCCCCUGAUUUAUGAGUGUGUUUCCCCUGUGAUGGACUGGUGUCCUGUCCAGGUGUUGAUCCUGCGUACCCGUACGCAAACUUCCACGUUCUUCCGCU